AUGCAGGCCAAAGAAAGCAAUCCACCAGAUGGUGGCUAUGGAUGGGUUGUGGUAGUGUCAGCCUUCUUGGUGAUGGGCCUCACUGCUGCUGUCCUCAAGACUUUUGGUCUGUUCUUUGUUGAAAUCCAGCAGCACUUCAAUGAACUUGCAAGCACCACUUCCUGGAUCACAUCAGUAACUAUUGCUGUCUUUCAUUUAGGAGCCCCUGUUGCCAGUUCAUUAUGUGUACGAUACACCCAUCGGGCAGUUGUGAUCACUGGAGGACUCCUGGCUUUUUCAGGAAUGGCACUGGGAUUUCUUGGCUUCAGCAUGAUCUGGAUGUAUGCAACGACUGGCUUCCUUCAGGGACUUGGAAUUUCCUUUUCAUGGACACCAGCCGUUAGCAUUGUGAGCCAUUAUUUCUCCAAAAAAAGAGCUCUGGCCAAUGCUGUUGCCAGUGCUGGAGAAUGUGUCUUUGCAUUCACAUUUGGACCUCUUUUCCAGUGGUUGAUCAGUCAAUAUGGAUGGAAAGGUGCCCUCUUGAUCAUAGGUGGCAUACAACUCAAUAUUUGUGUCUGUGGAGUACUGAUGAGACCACUGGCAAGCAGCUGCCUCCUUGCGGGUAGGCAUUCUGAAACUGAGACACCAUCUGGCAACAGUUCAUCUAGGACACAAAAAGAAGACAGAUCUCCCACUGAAUACAAAACCUUCAACUGGAUGCUUGUAAGGCAACCACAGUUUGUACUUUAUGCCAUUUUUGGCAUAUUAGCUGCCAUGAGUUUUUUUGUUCCCCCAUUAUUUUUAGUUCCACUCAGUUACAGCCUGGGAAUAGAUGAAUCAUGGACUGCUUCCUUCCUAUCCAUUUUGGCUGUGGUGGACUUCGCAGGCAGACUGCUGUGUGGCUGGUAUGCCAAUCUCCAUGUUACCAAAAGUGUUCAUGUGCUGACAAUGACAAUUACACUGAUCAGUACUUCCCUGGUACUGUUGCCACUGGCUAACAAUUACCUGUCCUUGGCAAUAUUCACUGGCUUCUAUGGAUUCUUUUUUGGUACAACUGUUGCUGUUCACAUUACAGUGCUAGCAGAUGUUGUAGGCAUGCCAGAUUUUGACAGUGCUCUAGGCCUUUUCAUGCUCAUUCGAAGCACUGGAGGUUUUGUGGGGCCUCCUCUUGCUGGUCUGAUUGUGGACAUGGUUGGAGAUUACAGAGCAGGCUUCUACAUGGCAGGAGCCACUCUUUUCCUGUCAGCUGGAUUUUUAGUUAUUUUAGAUCAGCUCCAACAGAGGAAAGCAAGAGGAAGCCAAACUAAUACUAAACCAGAAAAGCCAACAUUACCCUACCCUUCAUUCCAUCUCUUGAAACUUCAAAACAGAAGGUACUGAGAACGUGAUAUAGUGGUGUGACUACAUCAGGCAUCUUACAGCAUUACAGAAGUGUUUUCUUUCAUCCAAACUCAGUAGGAUUUAUAAAAUGAUGGAUUUUGACAGAAAUGUUUGAAAGUGGGGAAGAAAGUAAUUUUCAAACCAACCACUAACCAUUAUACUACUUUGAUACGGAAGUUUCACUUUCACUAUGUAAGUCUUCAACACCGCCCCAGAGGGCUAUGAUAAGCCAACUGCGGAACCUGUGGUCUGAAAGAAAUGACUGUAUAAUGCGUAUGCGGCA